CGCACCGUUCGCCAAGAAGUCGUUUGUUUGUGCAAUCGCUUACCAAAGCCGGAACUACACGCAACAAAAAACAAACGACAAAGGACGGCAACCCCUACCCGGUCUUGUAUUCGUCCGUUGGCCUGACCACCAAGACAUGGCUGGUCAGCAUCGCAUGCUGCUGCUGUUGGCACUCGUGUGCGCCGCUUGUCUCGCAAGCACCCAAGCCCAGUCCGAUUGCGCUGGCUUGGGCGAGAACGACUGUCAACCACCAUGCGUAUUCAGCAACUCCACAGGCCAAUGCCACAAAGCCGGUUGUGCAUACACACCAUUUGUGGACUGUGACGCGCCCUGCACCCCAAAUCCAAACACGUUGGCUUGCCACGUCAGCUCAGACACUGGUGGCGCCUGUGCCGAGUAUGACUUUGAAAACUGCCCCGCGCGCUGCCUGAAGCUCUCCGUGGACAACUCGUGCUCUGAAAUCACGUGUGACACAUACGACAUCGAGGAAGCGUGUCUGAACGACAACGACGACCUCGACUGCACGUACGAUGCGGACAUCAGCCGCUGCCGCGGCACCAAUGAAACAGUGCAGUGCACGGAGUACUCUCCCGACAACUGCCCCGCAGACCGCUGUGACGCCUUCGAUGGCACAUUCUGUGUCGAGAAAGGCACCUAUCCCUCGUGUGCGUUCUAUUCCAUGGAGGACAACUGCAACAGCAAGAGCUGGUGCACGUGGUCCCCUCUCUACGGCGCAUGCGGAACUAAAGCGGGCGAGUUCGAGUGCGGGCAGCUCCUUGACUUUUUGUCGUGUGUGGACCAAGACCAGUGCUGCUUCGACAGCGGCCUCUGCGUGGACCUUCAGGAUGGACAGUCCUGCACCAGGACACGAGACGCCUGCUCCUCCUUCUCCCUCGGCGACUGCCCUUCGUCGUACUGCCUGCCGAACGAGGACGCGGGCGAGUGUGAGGACCCGCCGUGUCUGGCCAUCCGCACCAACCGCACGUGCUCCACACGCAACGAGUGCAUCUUCCUGCCAGAGGGCUGCAGGGCUGACGGCGAGCCCCCGUGCGACCAGUACACAUCCCAGGGCACCUGUCCCUGGAAGUGCACGUGGGACUUUGGCUCGGAUUCCUGCAUGGCGCGCGCUUGCACAGACGUCUUUGACGAGGGGACGUGCCUUGCGCUUGGCGGGUGCGCGUACGACUUUGGCCGCUGCCACGAUGAAGGCACCGCCGUCUCGUCAUCAACCCAGAUUGCCACCACCCAAUCGUUUGACAUUGACUGCAGCCAGUUUGCCAACAUGACGACGUGCCGGUAUCCGUGCUUCUGGAGCGAAACCGACGCCCUCUGCCGCAACCGCACAUGUACGCAGAUCUUCGACGAGACAGCGUGCGAGGCCAAUGCGGCGUGCGAAUGGACCGUCAACGACUUCUUCCCCUGCACUCCCGUCGACACCGGUCUGGCCUGCACGGAGUACAGCCGCGACCUGUGCCCCAUCACCCGCUGCACCCUGGGCGCCGACGACGGCAGUGGCCCAGCAUGCCGGGACAAGACGUGCGCUGAACUGAACGCCAACGAGUGCACCAACUCCACGGCGCUCGCCUGCCAGUACGACGAGUCGUAUCGCAUCUGCUACCCUGAAGGCGAGGAGCUGCCGUGCGGCAUCUUCAACGAGAACGACUGCCCCGCCCGCUGCAACUACUCCGUUGGCGCGCAGUCGUGCUACCAGCCAGGCACCGUGCUGCCGUGCUCGCGGUUCAACAAGCAGCAGUUCUGCGAGCAGCAGGACGAGUGCACCUUCUAUUCCAUUGUCGGACUCUGCGUCAACGAUACACAGCCCGACUACCAGUGCAACCUCAUCUACAACGACCAGUUCUGCCGCGACAGCCCCAUCUGCACAUAUGGCGCCGACGGCUGCCAGAAGUGCACCGCAAAUAACACCGCAGACUGCAUCCAGCCAUGCCCAGACGUGUCCCUGCCGGACUGUUCCCAGCUGACGCAGGCCAGCUGCUUCUCAGAGCCGUCAUGCGUGUACAACUUUGAGCUUGUGCAGUGCACGCGCGCCGUCUGCACAGACGUGUUGUCAUAUGACAAGUGUCUCUGUGAAUCCCUCACCAACUGCACCUACGAUGGCAAACGGUGCAAAUACUUUGACGACGGGCGCCCCUGCGAGGAGAAGACGACGGCGCUGGAGUGUGGUGGCGCCGAUCCACGCUGCUUCUCCGACUACAACGACGAAACAGGCAUCUUUGAGUGCCGCAACGCCACGUGCGCCGACCAAUAUGGCCAGACCGCCUGCGAGGGAUUCGAAGGCGCCGAGUGCGAGUGGCUGUCGUACUACGGGCUGUGCAAUGAUGCUGGCGCUAAGGUGCCGUGCACGCGCAUCUACGAGAAGUACGCAUGUGGAAACAGCACUGAGUGUACGUACUACAGCGACAUCAACCUGUGCUACUACAAGGACGAGGAGGUGCCCUGCGAGAAGUACCGCACCGCCACCAGCUGCCCCAGCGACCGCUGCUCGUUCUACCCGACCAUCCCGCUGUGCGCACCACAGGGCCAGCAGGUGCCCUGCAGCGCCUACGACUCGGAGCUCGCCUGCCUCUCCAAUGACGCGUGCCGGUAUGUGCCGGGCGCAUACGCGUGCGUUGCCGCGGAUGAGCCCUCGCCGUGCACCCGCAUCUCAAACGCGGUGGCGUGCGGCGAUACCGUCGGCUGCAAGCACGAUGGCGCCAAGUGCGUUGCGUGCAAAGACGACGAAGCUUGUAACGGGACGAGUGGACUUCAGCCGUGCGAGGAGGCCGAGGUGUGCAAUGCCCAGUACUGCUUUCCAACCGACAACAGCUGCAUCUCCCUCUCGUGCGAUCGCAUCUUCUCGCGGUUCUACUGCUCCGCCCUGGACGGGUGCCGCUACGAUCCGUACACAUACCGCUGCGUGGAGGAGUCGUCCAUCACGGACUGUGAGGAUCUGCCAAACGAAAGCAUCUGUACACUGGCAAACACACGGGACAAUCGCACAUCGGCCUGUGUCUGGGACGCAGACUAUGGCGUCUGUUUCACAGAAGGCAACCCACUUCCAUGCAAGGCAUUCAAGAAUGAGACGGCAUGCAACCUGCUGCCGUACUGUGAGUUCAACGUCGUGUGCCAGGACUACGUGACCACGACCACCACGACCACUACUACCACCACCGCCUACAUCAACGCCUGCGACCGCCGCCCCUGCGCUACGAAUGUUGAGUGCACGCCGCUUGAGGAGUCCAACACGUACGAGUGCGGCGAUUGCCCGUUGGGAUAUGAGGGCGAUGGACGCACUUGCACACUUGUGACGUGCCCCUCGCAGCUGUCGCUUGGCGUCGGUGCAGAGUAUGCGUUCGCCGACAAAUGCUUCUUCACUAACUACGGCGACGACUGCAAUGCGCGCUGCGACUCAAACUACGAGCAGAUUGGGGAUGGCGUGUUCAUCUGCAGCGCCAACGGGACUUGGAUAGGCAACCUCACCUGCAAUGAGAUUGACCGGUGCAUGGACGACCCACCGCCGUGCGAUCCGCUCACGACGUGCACCAAGGUUGCCUCCAACUCGUUCACCUGCACCUCCUGCCCCACGGGCUACAGGAACGUCGCCUUCCGCCCAAAGACAAAGUGCAUGAACAUCAACGAGUGCGAGGAGCAGCACCCGUGCCACCCGCGCCGCAACUGCACAGACACAAUGGGCAGCUUUGAGUGCGGCAAGUGCGAGCCCGGUUGGCGCGAAGUGAACGACCGCGAGUGCGAAGACAUCAGGGAGUGCACGGAGCUUGAGCCGUGCUACCCGGGGGUCAAGUGCACGGAGACCGACGGCAGCUUCGCGUGCGGCAAGUGCCCCACGGGAUACACGGGCACGGGCGUGGGGCCAGACGGGUGCGAGAUUGUCCGCUGCCCCUUGGAUGACGUGCCGUCGUAUGAGAACGCGGACGUCGACUGCGCGGGUAACGUGUUUGACAGCACGUGCACUGCCACGUGCAAGGAGGGCUACUCGAACAGCGAGGCCACCAUCCAAUGCAAGGCGGACGGGCAGUGGACCACGCCCUCGCUCACGUGCUCCAAGCUGCCGUGUGCCAACCAACCAGACGCGUCGUUGCUGCCCAUUGGCGUCGUCAACCCGCAGUGUGCCGGCCGCCAUCAGUGCACGCUCGAAUGCAAGGCCGGGUACCGCGGCGAAGGAAACCCCUCCCUCACCUGUCCGACCACCGCGUGGGUGGGCGACACGGAGAACCCGUUCACGUGCGUCCCCUGCGACGCGGGCUCCACGUACCAGAACACGCCCGGCUCAACCACGUGCCUGCCGGUGUCGCCGCCGUGUGGGGAGGGCGAGUACGAGUCUGCGGCCCCAACGACGUCCACAAACCGCCGCUGCCGCGCUGUGAAGGACACGUGCAGGGAAGACUUUGAGUACUCGACGCAGGACCCGACACCAACGUCCGACCGCGUGUGCAGCACGUGCACGGCGUGUCCCGUUGGCCAGUACCGCAGCGGGGGCUGUGAUGGGCUCUUUGAUGCACAGUGCGCGGCCUGCUCCACCUGCGGCGGCUUCUCGUACGAGCUGCUGGCGUGCACACAGCUGGCCGACACCACGUGCGCCACGUGCCCAUUCGGCACCUUCUACUCCCGGGCCAGCAGCAGGUGCCAGGACCAACCCUACUGCUUCGUCGGCCAGAUUGAGGCCGUGUCGCCAACGCCCCUGCGCAAGCGCAAUUGCACGCGUGUUCGCAUCGACACACCGCCACCGCCCGGCACCGUUGCGCGCGUGUACACCAUCACGCUGACAGGCAUCGACGGCACGCUGCCGCUCGAUGUGGGCGUGCUGCUUGUGGAGUCUGUGCGCCGCGUGUUUGUGUGGGCGGACGUGGACGUGCGCGUGGGCAUCCUGAGCGUUAACGUCGGCACCAACGCCCGCCGCCGCCGGUCGCUCGAGUCGGAGGUGGUAGUUCGCGUGGAGGCGAGCGAGGACGAUGCGUCUGCGGUGGACGGGACGGACGUGUCUGCACAGUCGUUGCGUGCAGCCAUCAGCGCCGUCGCCAGCGAUACGCAGGGGGACUCGAGCGUGUCGCGUGCGCUUCGUGAGGCCGCAGCUGCCCUGCUGGAGUUGGAGCCGGAGAGCGUGGGGGCGAGCAACGUGCAGCCGUCGUCUACUGCUGGGACAACCAACCAGCAGUCGACAACAAACAGCGCCGCCACCACCGAUCCGCAGUCGAGCCAGAGCGGUGGCACUGACAACACGACGCUGUACAUCAUCAUUGGGUCUGUUGGGGGCGUUGUGCUUCUUGUCGUCGUGAUUGCGGUCGUGGUGACGUGUCGCACGAGUGGACGGUCAAAGGGAGCUUCCAUCUCUGGUGCCGGUGGCGCCGUCGCCUCCCCUUACCAGGAGAACAACUACUCAAAUGUGCAUGAGUUGAUGGCGAUGAAGACGCUGGAGACGACAGCGCGGGCGCCGGUGGCCACACGCGCAACGCGGCAGGGAUCCUUCUACAGCUCCAUCACCCAGGCUGCAUCGGAGAUCUGAUGUGCACCUGCCAUCACCACAACAUGCUUUGUGUUUCACCCCAAACGCACUCUGCAAUCACACACGCACACGUACACGCACAUGACUCCUUCUGUUCCCCACAUGAACCAAACUGCCAAAACAACGACCAAACCACACAACCAGCCCCUCUCUUACUGACCAUGCCCCCGUUCUGUGUCUGCACACCUGCGUUGCGCCCAAUGUCGCCACCGCAAUUGCCCCAAUGGCAACAACACCUUCUGUACUUGGCCGCGACGGGUUCAUCAUUUCUCUUCUCCUUUUCUGUUCAUUUUUCAGUUAGUCAAGUCAUACUUCACCAACCCAAAUAAUGACUUGCAUGCACA